AUGUCGAUAUCAACAAUAAUUUCAACGCCGGCUUUGCCAGAAGAACGCGAAAAGUUAAAUCUUCCACCCAAAAGCUAUGCUGAUGCUGCCGAAAAAACACCGGAGCUUCCGAAUGAUAAAAGUGAUGAAAAUAAAGAAAAUGAGGUGAAUGGGCAAGCGGUGACGAGUUCGAAUGGUUCGGACGAAACCGGCCAUAGGCAUAAAGUGUCGGUUUUGAGAAUCGUGGAUGUUAAUGGUACCACGGAUUCUGCAAAAUUGACAGACAACAAGGAAGCUAGACCAAAGGUCGAUAGACAGGAGUCAAAAAGAGAGUACUCGGCUACGGGCCUCGACGAUACUCCGAAAAGCCCUCCCCGACACAGACAUCGAAAAUCUUCUUCGCAGAAAUCUAAUGGGACAAAUGAGAAUGGUCGCAGCUCGCAUAAGAAUACAAUGCCCGACACUCAGGAUGGAAACGAAAACACUACCGUCUUUGAGAAGAUCCGUGGUGAACGAAAUGGUACUAGAUUGCACAGAACUCAAGAGUUACCGCCUACAAGGAAGUACAUAUUCGGAUAUCAUCCCCACGGUAUCAUUUCUCAUGGGGCAUUUGCGGCCUUCGCGACUGAAGCCCUUGGAUUUUCUCAGCUAUUCCCGGGUAUCAAAAAUACGCUUCUCACAUUAGAUACAAACUUCAGAAUACCACUAUACCGUGAAUAUGCUUUAGCAAUGGGCCUAGCAUCUGUAUCGAAAGAAUCUUGCGAGAAUCUACUUUCCAAGGGCGGGCCAAACAAGGAGGGUAUGGGCCGCGCAAUUACUAUUGUUGUAGGAGGCGCAGCUGAAUCACUGGAUGCGCAACCAUACAGCCUCAGAUUAGUCCUUAAGCGUCGUAAGGGCUUCGUCAAGAUGGCUAUCCGAACCGGUGCAGACCUAGUUCCUGUUCUGGCAUUUGGCGAGAAUGAUCUUUAUGAUCAAUUCUCAGCAGAUUCCCACCCCAGAAUUCACAAAUUUCAAUUACUUGUUAAGAAGUUAAUGGGCUUCACCAUACCGCUCUUUCAUGCUAGAGGUGUUUUCAAUUACGAUGUCGGCCUUAUGCCAUACCGCAGGCCAUUGAAUAUUGUCGUCGGGCGACCAAUCAAGGUAGUUCAAUCCAAAAGCCCGGAACAAAAGGACAUCGAUCGUGUUCAUGAGGAGUAUGUGACGGAGCUUGAGAGGUUGUGGGGCUUGUGGAAGGAUGAUUUUGCGCCGAAUAGAAAGACUGAGCUCCAACUAAUCGAAUGA